AUGUCAACAAGCUCCCACUACUACCCGUCCAUAGAGGUACAAGCAAAGAUGCUCGCUCUCGUCAGUCUGGGGUUUGCACAAGUUCGUGCUGAAGACAUCCCCGCUGGCAUUAUACCGCAGAAGAGACAGAUUUUUGGUACAGGAGUGACAUCAAGCACUAGCAUGGCCACUUCCGAAUCCGCCACGCCUACGAGCGAAACGCAAGAGACCACGCCCACAUCUGCCUCGCCGACCUCAGAGCCAACGCAAGAAACAUCGGCAUCACCGACAAGCGAUGACGCCGCACAAACCACGUCCACAUCAGCCGAAGAGACUUCACAAGCUCCUACAUCUACCGUGCCCACAACCAUCGACGUGACGACCACAGACUCGGCAGGCUCGGCGGUGACAACUAGGAUAGCAACAUCAACGGCUGUGGGGCCUACAGCAAAUGGCGUCUCGACGCGAACAGGCUCUGCAAGCAACGAGGUCGUAGUUGGAUCAUCAACCAUCAACCGCUCCACGCUCUCCAGCGCGACAGUCGUCACCAACGCCCUCGUUGCCUCCGAGACGAUUCCCUCAACCUACACAUCCUACUGGACGACCGAUGGCGUAGCAAUGACCUCGCUCAUCACGACCCAACGAGUCGUAGUCUCAACGACUGGCUUCGCAACCGCGACCAUCGAACCAUCUCUCCAAGGCGGCAACGGCAAUGGUUCUGGUGGCGGUCUCAGCAGCUCGAAGAAAGCUAUCAUUGGUGGAGUCGUUGGUGGUGUCGGAGGCGCUAUCUUCGUCGGUGCUCUGGCGAUCUUUGCCUGGCGACUAUGGCGUAAGAAGAAGGGGCAACAGAUCCCACAGGACGAGAUGAUGGACUCGCAGGAUGGCAGUGUCAGGAAAGAGUCGAGGGCGUCAGGUGGUCUGAACAAUUACACCUACGGUGGCAACGUCAACACUGCGAGCAACUUUUGA